CUAUUCCUUGCCUAUAAAUUCUACUGCUCAUCGCUUCGCGCUCACUUGUCGUUCGUGGGCCUGCCGUUUGCUGCGUUCCCGGAAAUGCGUGAGUGUAUCAGUAUACAUGUUGGACAAGCUGGUGUCCAAAUGGGCAAUGCCUGCUGGGAGCUCUACUGCUUGGAGCACGGGAUCCAACCCGAUGGUCAAAUGCCGAGUGAUAAGACCAUUGGUGGUGGUGACGACUCUUUUAACACCUUCUUUAGUGAAACUGGAGCUGGGAAGCAUGUGCCUCGCGCCAUCUUCGUUGAUCUUGAGCCAACUGUUGUUGAUGAGGUGAGGACUGGAACCUAUCGACAGCUCUUUCACCCUGAACAAUUGAUAACGGGGAAGGAAGACGCUGCCAAUAACUAUGCUCGCGGCCAUUAUACAAUUGGCAAGGAGUUGAUCGAUCAGGUGCUGGAUCGCAUUCGCAAGCUCACUGAUCAAUGCACGGGGCUUCAGGGCUUUUUGCUCUUCCAUUCUUUUGGUGGAGGCACUGGUUCCGGCUUCACCUCCCUUCUCAUGGAGAGGCUUAGUGUUGAUUACGGCAAAAAAGCCAAACUUGAGUUCUCCAUAUACCCGGCUCCUCAAGUAUCUACUGCUGUGGUUGAGCCCUACAAUUCUAUUCUAACAACUCACACCACUCUGGAGCACUCUGAUUGUGCCUUCAUGGUUGAUAAUGAGGCCAUUUACGAUAUAUGCAGACGCAAUCUAGAUAUAGAGAGGCCAACUUAUACCAAUUUAAACCGUCUUAUAAGUCAGAUCUUGACGGUAGCGGAGAUUACAAACUCUUGUUUCGAACCAAACAAUCAGAUGGUGAAGUGUGACCCUCGUCAUGGCAAGUACAUGGCUUGCUGCCUCCUCUACAGGGGUGAUGUUGUGCCUAAAGAUGUCAACGCUGCCAUUGCGGCGAUCAAGACUCGACGUAACAUUCAGUUUGUUGACUGGUGUCCCACUGGCUUUAAAGUGGGGAUUAAUUACCAACCGCCUACUGUGGUUCCCGGUGGUGAUUUAGCCAAGGUUCAACGCGCAGUCUGUAUGCUGAGCAACACGACAGCUAUCGCUGAGGCGUGGGCUCGUCUUGACCACAAGUUUGACUUGAUGUACGCAAAGCGUGCGUUUGUACACUGGUACGUCGGUGAAGGUAUGGAGGAGGGCGAAUUUUCCGAGGCCCGUGAGGAUCUCGCCGCCUUAGAGAAGGACUACGAAGAGGUCGGUGUUGAUAGUAUGGACGAGGAGGCCGAGGAUGGUGAGGAGUACUGA